CCAACAAAUAAGUAAUAUGAUCGUUUGAAACAUGUGGCAAAUACCUUCAUAGUGAUAUCUGGUUGCCUUACUCGUGCCACGUGCUCUGGUAGGGUUUAUUUAACCCUAAGCUUUUCUUCUUAUAUUUUUUUAGCUCCCAGUGGUGAAGGUGUAACAUUUCAAAGUCCUAGAACUGUACAGAGAUUUAACAAUGGGAGGGAAUCUGGUCGAUAAGCCAAUGUCCGUGUUGGUAAUUGGUAAUGGUGGUCGUGAACACACCAUCUGCUGGAAGCUGAAUCAAUCUCCUCUGGUUGAAAACAUUUUCAUAACUCCAGCCAAUGUUGGAGCAGACUCAUUGCACAAAGUGGGAUCAGUAUCUCUGAAUGUAGGUGAUAAUCAGGAAGUGACUAAAUGGGCAAAAGAUAAUAAAAUUUCGUUGGUCAUUGUUGGACCAGAAGUUCCUUUGGCAGCAGGAAUCAGCGAUGUCUUAGCUCAAAAUGGAAUCAAAUGUUUUGGCCCAUCUCAAAAAGCAGCUCGUCUUGAGUAUGACAAAAACUGGGCCAAGGAAGUUAUGAAGAACCUGAACAUUCCGACUGGGCGGUGGAAAGAAUUCAGCAAUGCAUCAGAUGCUAAAAAGUUCAUUGAAAGAGGUGCUGAUUUUAAUGCAUUAGUAAUCAAAGCUAAUGGCCUGGCAGCUGGUAAAGGCGUUGUUGUUGCCACAAACAAGGAGGAGGCCUCUAAAGCUGCAACUGAUAUGUUCCAAUCCACAUCCUUUGGAUCUGCUGCAGAAACAAUUAUUGUCGAAGAGUUUCUAGAGGGAGUAGAAGUUUCUGUUCUAGCAUUUUGUGAUGGUACCUCUGUGAAAUUGAUGCCCCCAUCCCAAGAUCAUAAGCGUGCGUAUGAUGGUGAUCGAGGUGGGAACACUGGAGGAAUGGGUGCAUUUUGUCCCGCACCUUUCAUUUCUGAGCAGCAGCUUUUGCAAGUAGAAAAUGAUUUAUUGAAGAUCAUCACAUGGAUGAAAAAGAAUGGAACUCCAUUCGUGGGUGUUCUUUACGCCGGUCUGAUGCUUACUAAAGAUGGGCCCAAAGUGCUGGAGUUUAACUGUCGGUUUGGCGAUCCUGAAACACAAGUCAUUCUACCGCUUCUUGAAACAGACUUGGCAGAAAUCAUGAUGGCAUGUUGUUGCGGGAAUCUUGGAUCGAUAAAUAUUCAAUGGAAAAGUGGCUUCCAUGCAGUGGGAGUUGUCAUGGCUAGUGCAGGAUAUCCUGAAUCAUCGCGUAAAGGCGAUAAAAUUUCUGGUCUAGAAAAAUUGAGCAAUCUUGAUGAUGUGAUUGUUUUUCACAUGGGGACAGCUUUGAAAAACUCAUCUAUUGUAACUAAUGGUGGAAGAGUUUUAACAAUAGUAGCAGUGGAUAAUCAGCUGUUAAAAGCAGUUUCAAAAGCAACUCUUUUGUGCUCGUCAGUUUCAUUUGACGGCGCACACUACCGCAAAGAUAUCGGGCAGAAAGGAGUUUCAAGGUGGAUUCUGGAACAUGGAAAUGCAACCUACAAGUCUAGUGGUGUCGAUAUUAGUGCUGGUAAUGAUCUAAUUGACUUAUUGAAACCUGCAAUCAAAGCAACUAAAGUCAAAGGAGUGCUAGGGAGUGUUGGAGGUUUUGGAGCAUUAUUUGAACUUAAACCAUACAAUUUAAAAGAUCCUAUCUUGGUAUCUGGAACUGAUGGAGUCGGAACUAAACUGAAGAUAGCUUUGACCUGUAACAAACAUUCUACCAUUGGAAUAGAUCUAGUCGCAAUGUGUGUGAAUGACCUUUUAGCUCAAGGCGCUGCACCGCUUUUCUUCCUUGACUAUUAUGCAACAAGCCAUCUAGAUUUAAAAAUUGCGCAACAGGUGAUUCAAAGUAUUUCUGAUGGUUGCUCCAUAGCAAAAUGCGCUCUUGUUGGUGGUGAAACAGCAGAAAUGCCAGGACUGUACAAAGACGGUGAUUACGAUAUAGCUGGAUUUGCAGUGGGUGUUGUUGAAAAAUCAAAGAUGCUACCCAAGCCCAACGUAAAAGAAGGAGAUAAAGUCAUAGCUCUAGCUUCAAGUGGACUCCACAGCAAUGGAUUCAGUUUAGUUCGAAAAAUAAUGGAAGUUAAUUCCUUGGACUAUUCAGACAGAGCUCCAUUCAGCGAAAGCCGCUGCUCAUAUGGUGAAGAAUUUCUUAUCCCAACCUCAAUUUAUGUUCAACAACUGGUGCCGUGUUUCGAAAAGGAACAAGUUAAAGCAUUUGCUCACAUCACUGGUGGUGGACUAGUUGAAAAUAUUCCUAGAAUCUUGCCUGAUAAUUGUAAAGUGGUGCUGGAUAGCACAAAAUGGAGAAUCCAGCCAAUAUAUGGUUGGAUAGCGGCAGUAGGUAAUGUUUCUGAGUCAGAAAUGGUACGAACUUUCAACUGUGGAGUAGGUGGCGUUUUAAUUGUCGAUUCGAGUCAAGCAAAUGAAAUUUCAAGAAUUGUGGAUGGAACAAUAAUUGGAACCAUUGAAAAAAGGGUAGCUGGUGAAAAACAAGUUGAAGUUAAACAUUUUGCAACAUCAAUAAUGCCACUGAUGUUACCUCAUCUCCGAGAAAAACUCAUUACUCAAAUUAGUAUAAAGAAACCAAAAAUUGCUGUUCUUAUCUCGGGCAGUGGGACGAAUCUUCAGAGUCUUAUUGAUGCAACAUCAAGUGGUUUUGUCCCCGCUGAGAUCGUAAUUGUGAUAUCAAAUGUAGGCAAAGCGUACGGAUUGACACGAGCCAAACAAGCUGCGAUUAAAACUCUAGUCAUAAGGCAUUCCAGCUACCAAACAAGGCAGUUGUUCGACAAUGCCUUACAUGAGGCACUCGUGGAGGCAGAGGUGGAUGUUGUAUGUUUAGCAGGGUUUAUGAGAAUACUGACCGAAGAUUUUGUAAAUAAGUGGCGAGGAAAACUCAUCAAUAUACAUCCUGCUCUCUUACCUGCGUUCAAAGGAACUCAUGCUCAAAGGCAGGCAAUAGAAGCAGGAGUAACAGUUGCAGGCUGCACUGUACAUUUUGUUGAGCCUGAAAUCGACAAUGGAGCAAUCAUCACUCAAGAGACUGUCCAUGUAUCACCAGAUGACACUGAGGAGACUCUAAUUGAAAAAAUUAAAACUGUAGAGCAUGUAGCGUACCCCAAAGCCCUAAAAUUAUUGGUAACAAAUAAAAUUACUCUGGAUCUAAAAAGUGGGAAACUUAGAAGGAACUAAAUAUGUUUCAAAAAUGUAAAUCUUGCUGUAGAGCAACAGUAAGUACCGACUUUUUACUGACUUAUUGCUACUGGACUAAGAAUCUUUUGGUCAGUUUCGUAAGAGAAUAGAAAGGGAAAAAGGUGCCAAGGAAAGGAGUCUCCCCACAGUAAAAAAUUUGGAAAACAAUUUUUAAUGAAUAUAACUUAACCACACAUAACUGCAAAAACAUGAAUCGAGAAUGUUGAGGAUGUAUCAUUUGAGAGAAAUACAUUCCGCUCUUGGAGUAGCACCAUAAAAAUGAUCAAAGAAACGUAAAAUAAUAAUAAAAAAAGGUACAUACGAAGGAAAUUACUGUCUGGAAACUCUUCGUAACACAAUAUUUAUCAGAUCAGAGAUUGCACUUGUCCCCUCUUUGUUCUGUAUCUCCUCUGUUUUUGCUGGGCAAGAGCUGGUUGAAGAAACCGCCGACUCGCCCUCAAUGAGUAUUUUAUUAGCUUCUUUCAUAAUAUCAAACUGUAACAUCUGUUUUUUCAUGAUUGGAACGACCAAAUUAAAUCUUCCUGUAAAAGUAAAAAAGACAUCAUAAAUUUUUUUCUUAAGUUGAAAUAUAUCAAGUUGAUCUCACUAUUAAAUAUUUCAUCUAAGGAAUCCCUUUUCUUCAUUCUUUUUUCCCUGUACCAUGAAUCCCAUUACUGUAAUUUGUUAAAGAAAUGAGUUCAUUUCCCACUUGCAGUCUAACUAAUCUUGUGGAAAACCUUGCCGAAAGCCCAACAACGAAGAACUUCACAACAGGUGUCCAGGAAGUUCCAAGCUUUUCCCCAAAUUCAAUCAAAAUGUCCCAUUUUUAUUAACCAAAAUUCAUGAUCAUCACUUACUGAAGACUUUAAAAAAAAUAACCCCCCCCCCCCAAGAUCAAAUUCUUUCUUUGCUAAAACGCUGUAUUUCACAGAGGGUUUCCCUGACAUGUUAAAAUGGGAAUUCCCACUUUACGUGACCCGACCCACGAUCAUCGGUAAGGUUCUGCACCCCUGCCUCACAAUUUCUUCUCAAAAUCCCACAAUAGAAAAUAUUUGGAAACCGAACAUCAUAAAAUACCAAAAUAAAUAUAUUUGAAACUGA